UAUAGUUAGAAGGUGAAGGAGAAGGUAUUUAGGUUAGGGAAGGAAGGAGAAGCCAAGAAAUUAGAGGAAGGGGGCCUGAGAUGGAUUAAAUAGCCAUUAGGAGCCGGGCGGUUGAUGUGCCCUGUCUCAAGGUGUUGGAGAUUGGAAGUGGGUUUUUCCGAAGCUGGCCGCAUCGCCCUGGUAGUAAGGGCGUCGUUAGGCUGGGCGAGGGCAAGGUCGUCGUGGCUAAGUCUGCACCUGGAGGAGAUGGAGGCCAACCGACGCGCCAAGCUGAGUCUGGACGUGCUGGCGCCGGCCGAGAGGGUGCGCUCGAGCUCGAUCCGCGCCACGGGCAGCGACGCCUUCUUCGCGAAGCAGGACGACGAGGGCGCCAGUGCCCGUGCUGGUGUUACCCUGAUGCAGGCUUUUAGGACUACUACUAGUAGUACUAGUAGAAAGGCUGCCGGAGAGCGGGGAGAGGCGCUUGGCCGCCAGCAGCAGGAGCAGCAGCAGCAGCAGCAGCAGCAACCUAAGCUGGAUUGAAGGGGGAUUAUUUUUCGAGAGAGAGGUUAAAGCACACCUGAGAAAAAGCAUCGAUGGCACCUAAGUAGAUACAGUUCCGAUU